CAGUAGACGAUAUAAUGGAAGCUUGAGAGGAAGGUAAACCUGGGGUCGAUCCGCAGGGAAGCGUGGGCCCCAGCCCGUAGGGGAGCCAGAGCCGCCGCGCUAGCAGGUUGGGGCUCCCACCGCGCUAGCAGCAGCUGGCCUGCAACCUGCUGUGGCCGGUUGUCCUAUCAGGUGGCCCCGGCCGGAUCCCAGGCUGGUCGGUCGCAUCAAUCGCAGCGCAUCGCAUCGCAACGCACUGGGCAGCUUUUUCCAAUCGCGCAAGGAGGCUGAGUGAGGUGAGAGGUGAACAUCGCGCGCCACGUUCACGUCACGUCACGUCCCCACUCCCGGCCAUCGAGCAACCCGCACACCAUGGAGAUGGAUUCGGACGACGAGACCCUGCGGUCGCUCGCAGCUGGCAAUCCCAUGGACUACUCGACAUGGCCGCUCCUGCUCAGCACCAUCAUAUCGCGUCUCGACAAGAUCGCAAAGAACGACUUCCCCAUCCCACGCAUCCCCGAACCAGCCUCGCCAGUGGCCCCCUCCCCCCAGGAGCCACGGUUCCUCGCCCCUCUCCCCUCGUCAGACGCCCUUGAGCCGCCUCCGUCAUCAGCGCCCAACCAACCCACCAGCGAGGCAGACUCGUCACAAGACACCAACAAGGAGAAUGCUGCUCCCACACCGCCCACCUCCGCCCCGGCGCCACCUCCCGCCCCCGCCCCGUCCGCCGCAGCGACAUCAGCCCCCGAACCCGGCACCCUCCCGCCCCAGAUCGUCGCCAUGAUCGCCGAGAUCAACGGCGUCCUGAACGAGUCCUUCCACACCUACCCUCCCCACACCAUCCAGCGCCUGGCAGAGCUGAUCCUCGGCCCCAGGCAGCACUACAAGUCGCUGCCCUCGUACCUCCACGCCGUCGACAGGGUCGUCCACGUUACUAGCGGGAACAACACCUACCCCUUGCCGCCCGCCAUCCCGGACAUGUCGUCCAUGACGCUGGGCGUGCCCAACGGCGUCAUGGACCAGGGCCAUGGCAACCACGAGAGCGGGCCCGACACCUCCAUGGCCUGGGUCAGCACGAGCAACGGCAACGCCAUCGGCAGCGACGAGGCCCUGGGCGGCGCCCUGCUGACCCCCAUCCCCUGGCUCCAGAGGCGGUCCAGUGGCAACCGGGACGGCGACGGAGGGUCCGAGUCCGGGGAGUCGUCCACGCUGGGCUCCGACGGUGGGCCGUCGCCCCUGGCGUCUAACCAGAGCCCCGCGGCGUCGUCAUCAUCACCAUCCCAGAGAAGCUCCUCGCAGCAGUCCUCGCGGCAGUUCGAGACCCGCACCGAGAGCACCGAGACGAUAGACGGGCCCAACGGCGUCGGUAGCAUCGAGACCGUGUCCAUCUCCGUCAACGGCAUACCGCCGAUGGGCUCGGCCGCCCAGCAGCGCGUCAUCACGCAGGGCGAGCUCAUCCGCCAGGAGCAGAGGGCCGGCGUGGUCCCCGUCAGCCAGCUGCAGCGGUCCGGGCCGGUGGUCGUCACCUCGUCAUCGUCGGCAGAGGGCGCGACGGCGUCACCUGCUGACGACGGCUCCUCCACAGACGCUGCGGACAACGACACCCCUAUGGGCGAGGCCGGGGCCGGUGCCGAAGGCGAGCAGCCCAAGGACACCAGCAGCGACAGGUCAGACGAGGAGAUGCCCGACGAGGAAGAGGCGCCACACGCCCGCGGGCCGGACCACAUCGGCGCGGCGGACAUGGGCCCGCAGGCGCCGGCGUCGAGCAGCUUCAGCCUCAGCAGCGGCGGGAACAUGGAGGUGCGCGGGAUCGACGUCGAGGCCGCCGUGGGGCGCAAGCACGAGGCGGCGCCCGCGCCCGCAGCAGCCGAGACGCCCGACUCGAGCGACGACGGCGCAGCCAUCAUGACGCCUGCCUCCUCGUCCGAGGGAGGCGGGGACGACGCCACCAAGGAGGAGGCAGCAGACAAGACCGCCGCCGAGCAGCAGCAGCAGCAGCAGCAGCAGGACAAGGAAACCAAGACGUCCUCCUCCUCCUCCUCCCCCGGCACGCUGUCCGCGCGCGCGAGCCCGACGCCCUCGUCGAAGCGCGGCGCGGAGGAUGACGAGGACGCGGGCGCGGCCGGGGGCAGCCACAAGCGGCUGAAGGAGGACGCGGGCGACGACCCCGAGGCCAAGCCCGAGGCCAAGGGACCAACACCAACCCCCGCCGGGGAGCAGGCCGAGGCGUCGACGACAGCUGUGGCGGACAAGGAUGCCGCCCCAUCAUCAUCAUCCGCCGGCGGCGACGACGACGACGGCGCGAAGAAAGACACCGGUAAGGGCGAGAGCGGAGACAAGACGGAGGCGGCGGCGGAGGACAGCAGCACCGCCGAGGCAGGCGACGACUCGGCGGCCUAGGCGGUCGCCGAGGAGCUAUGGUUCCACUGCAUACCCAUGCGCUCCAGCCCGAAGAAGACGAAGGGGGACGGGGACGAGGACGAGGGGGGCGGGCGGGGAGACGCUCAGGCGGCGGUGAUGGCAAGGCCGGAGUGAAGGUGCAGGGGGGGGGCAUAUUAGAGUAGUUGGGCAGAUGAUGACGAGCCGAACGAUGAAAACAGAACGAGAACGGCCGCUUGAGGGGUUGCGAUUGGGUAGGGCUUUGAGUCGAGCAUGUCAAGAGUUAACUGUACCACCGCUCGCUGGAGGGCGCGGCGCGGAUCGCAUUUGUGCUAGAACGCACGCUCGUAUCCGGCGAGCCAUAUGUUAUCCGAAAUGGAGAUGGGUUAUCGAAGGGAGGUAGGAAAAGGGCAACACCAUAAAUCAAAAAUGGGCACCAGGGCCAGCCACAUUCACACAUGCAAGCACUACGUAUGAAUGCAAACAAAUCCUCAGCAAGAGUAUGAUGAUCUAUCUCAUGAUGCUAUGCAAAGUAGCAAACAAAAACCAACCGGAAAUGCCAUUCCUUCUCCUGGAUGCCAAAACGCCAGACUUGCAGAGCAAAAUAUCCCACACGCAAACAGAUACAUGCUUUCUCUCUCUGUCUCUCUCUGGGCUAUGUAAGCCCUCCUUGCGGCCUCCAUCUACUCAGUGAUCAUAGAGAUGUUCUCCCUCGUGAUGGUGCUGCACUGGUUCUCGUCCCGCUUGACGCGGAAGAAGGAGUCGCAAAAGUCCGAGCACCGCAUGUACCGCAGGAACUCCUCGUCGUGCGUGAUGACGAUGAGCUGGAAGUUGGCCUGCGCCUGGCGCGCCCGGAUGAUGCCGUGCAGGCUCUGCGCCAGCGAGCGGAUGUUGUCGCUGUCCAGGUUGGUGGUGGGCUCGUCGAGCGCAAUGACGCCGCAGUUGACGCCGAACGACUCGGCGAGCGCGAGCCGGAUGAUGAUGCUGGCCAGGACCUUCUGGCCCGCCGAGCAGCGCCCGCGCAUGUCCAUCUCCGUGUCGCGCUUCAUCAUGACCACCCGGUACUUGUAGUUGCGCCGCUGGUUGGCCGACGUCGUGGUCUCCUUCUCGGAGCGGAUCGCGAUGGUGUCGACGUCGGUGCCCUGGUACGUCGCGCGCCAGAGGUCGCCCGCGAUGCGGUUGAUCUCUUCCAUUUUGAUAGAAUGGAACUGCAUGAUGGCCUUGUCGAGCGAGUCGCUAAAUGUGGCCAGGUCCUCAAUGACGCCCUUGGUUGUCGAUAGCUUGACGCGGCUAGCCCGAUACUUUUCCUCGGCGCCCUGGUAUUCUUGCUCGUAGAGCUCGAUCUGCUGCUUCAAAUUGACAUCGGUAGCUCGGCUCUUCCCUAUGACCUCACUCCUCUCCGCUGCCAGAACGUUGAUCCUCUUUUCGUAUUUUCUGGCCUCCGCCAUGAGGCGGUCAUAGUCCUGCUCUGCGUUUUCCGACUCGAGGUGCUCGACCUUCUUGGCCAACUCCUCGAGGACAGCCACAUUCUCUCGAAACUUGAUGUUGUCUCUGAUGUUCUUUUUCUUCCAAUCGCCUUGCGACAGCUCCUCUUUCUCCGCAUUUAUGCGCUUCACAAGCUCCUCCAUCUCGCCUUUGAGACGAGCGAGGGUCUGCUUGAAGUUCUGGAUGGAUCGCUCGAUAGAGGCCAGAUUGGAUUCUCCGCCGCGAUCCAAAUAGUCUUGAAUGUCAUCCUCGAUGAUCUUCAGUUGGUUGAGCGUGCGCGCAACAGUAUCGCGUUCCUCGGCUAUCUUCUCUGCCUUCCUGCGCCCCGUAGCAAGAGCAUCAUCCCGCUGCGCUCUGGCUGCGUCGAUUUGUGGCUGAAGGUCAGUGAGUUGGGCAUCAAUCUCGGCGAUUCUCGCAUCCUGCGUGUGAUUGUCUUCUCGCAAUGCCUUGAUUUCAUCAGAGAGGUUCCGCUUUUUGUCCAUCAGCUGCCUUGCUUGAGCAAUCUUGCCGUCAAGCCUGCUACUCUCAAGCUCGAGGCUGCUGACUAGGUCGCGGCUCCGUUGCCUGUCUGCAGACAUAUUGUCAAGGCGUUUCUUGACUUUGCGCGUCUCCUCCAUGCAGAUCGUUCGGGCUUCAUCCACCUCUCCAGGCGUGCGUGUCGUUCCACCAGACUGCCUCUGAGACCUUUCCAGUUGCUCAAUCUGCUCUUUCGCAUCCCUGGUCGCAUUGAAGAGUUGGGUGAUUUCGGACACGGCGCUUGAGACAGACUGCAGCGCCUCCAACUUCUCGCUCGUUUCCCUCCGAUGCUUAUCCGCAACCUCUAGUUUCCCCAAGAUGUCUUCCCUCUCCCUCUUGGCCUCGUCAAUAACUUUCUCACUUGCUGGCAGCUCUUUUCCAAGCCGCAGAGCGGCAUCGUGUUUUGGACGGACUGCCCGCAAGCGCUCCAGCUUCUUGUCGACAUCGCGAAACUCUUGCUCCAACUCGGCCUUCGAUUCAUCGUUGAGAUGUUUGGUGAUUUUGGCCACGAGUUUCGAUUUGGCGCGGUCCUCGUCGAAGCCUCGAUCACACAUGUGGCACUUGUUCUUUGUUUGCAAACAAGUCUGCGCUUGAGUCCAGUACGACUUCAUAUGAUCGAACAAACUGAUAUCCUUCUCCAAUUCCAUCUUAUGCGCCUCCAGGUCCUCAAGUUCUUCCUCGUAUGCGUCAAUGGAGACAGCUGAUGCAUCUUCGACCGUUUCCCGGAGGACGUCCAGGACAGCUUUCUCGCUGCUCUUCUUGUUGUCCGCCAAUCUCUGAUGUUGCUUACUAGCCUCGGAGAGCUUGUAGUCGACUUGCUUGAGUUUCUGCUGCAGCUGGUCACAUGCUUCCUUCUUCUCGUUCAGAGCGGCAGUCCUGGCGGUCGAUUCGUUUUUGAAAUCCGCCUCGAGCGACCCAUGCUCCCAGCCAGGUCGCACUUGCUCAUCGAGCAUCUUGCUCCAGCGCGCGGUGAGAUUGUUCAGGCUAGCCUCGCGGUCUCGGGCUUCCGUCUUUCGCAGAUCCAACUGUGCGAGCUCGGAAGCGAGCCGAGUACAAUUGACGAGCUCGCUGUUUAGGUCGUCGCCCUGCUGCUCCAACUCGCGCAAUUCCUUUUGAGUCUCUCGUAUCUUCUCGUCCCAGUCGUUGCUGGCCAGUCCGGCCUGAGCUUGCUGAUAGCGAUCGUUGAGCGAAACCUUGUCGCUUUCAAGACGGUCGACGAGAACAUCAUCGCAUUUGACCAAGUCCAUCUCCGUUUGUAGACGCUUGACCUUUCGGUCGUUCUCGGCCUUCUUCUGUUUCGCAAAUGUCCUCUCGGAGGCUUUGGCAUUCUUGGCAUUCUCCAGCUCCGAGAUGCCCUUGUUCGCCGCGUCCGCCUCUUGUGACACUCGACCUUGCAGCUGCUCGUGUUCCUUCUUCUUGCUGUUGAAGAUGCCCUGAAUCUUCCCGUUGAAGAGUCGAACCUGUUCAUCGUCCAAGUCACCAUCGAACCCUCGGAUCUCAUGAGAUCGCGCUGCAGCCUGGAUCAUGUCGACGCGGGUACGCAGCUGGCGUUCAUACUUGUCCUUGUCUGACUGGAGCCUGCCCUUUUCCCCGAGCUUGAUGUUCAAGUCACUCUCGGCCCGACUGACCUCACCUUGUAAGCUUCGGUAAUCCAGGGACUUCUGGUCAAUAUCAGCCUGCAGUCGGCCGAGACGGCUCUCGUAUUGUUCGAGCGCUCUCCUAAGCUCAUCGUCAUCCUCGGUCAUCAUGUCGAUAGACUCUCGAAGCUCCUCGACAUUACUGCGCCUGAAGUCCAACUGGUCCUGGUUGUAUUUGAGGUCAUUCACAAUGCUCAAGAAAUUGUUGGCAUCUUCACGACAAUCCCUCUCUUUCUUGCGAAGCUCGGCCACUUCAGUUUCGAUUUUAUCGACCUGUUCGCGAAACUCCGAGAUCUCCUGCUGCAGCUUCUGGCAGAGCUUCUCGUUCUUCAGACCUCUGUCCUUGUUCUCCUCGUUGUGCUUGUGUUCAACCUGGAGGUUACGAAGUUGCUCGGCCCUCUUCUUCCGAACCAUCUUGAGUUCGUCGAUAGCCUUGGUGUACUUCUGGGCGUCAAAUAUCUCGUCGAAUUUCUUCUUCAGGGCGGAAGGCUCGCUCAUGGGCCAGAGCGCCUCGUCCUGGUGACAGAAGAUGACAAACUCCAGGAUGGCAGGUGACACACCCAGGUGUCUGGGAACCAAUGCAUCGACUUCACCCUGCUUAACCGAGCCUGUGUGGAUCUCUCCGUUGGGGUGUUCGAUCUUGACCGAAGUCGUGAGAGUUGUCAUUUUGCGGGCUCCAGCUUUGGUCACGGCGCCUUUGAAGCGGCGGGUGAUGACGUAUCUCGCGCCAUCUGUCGCCCUGAGCUUGAGCAUUACGGCGGCUGGGACUUCGCCCUCCGAGACGAGCUUGGGAUCGUGGACGAAUGCGCCAUUGGUCUUGGUGUUGGGUGGCAGUUCGCCCGUCGUGGCAUAUUUGAGACACUCAAUGAUUGUUGUCUUGCCAGAGCCGUUGUACCCAACGAUCAAAUUGAGUGGGGUGCUGAAUGUGAUCUGCUCACGGACCUGGGGAUGAAAGGAGCGGACUCCCUGGAUCGUCAUUCCCUCGAUGCGUGACAUCUUGACAAGGGAGGGGUGGCGAUGCUCAUGAGAGCAGCCACGGACUUGUUGAUGGUAGUUUACGUGGAGGGCAGACGCGAUAGAGGUUUGCUGAUGUGAGUGGUGAAGGAUAGAUGGGAUGGCAGUCUCGUAGAAAUGAGGACGUUGAGUGAGAAUGAAGAAAAAGCCAGACCUCCGUCAGAUUCAGCUCGAAUUCUGUCAGUCUGAGGCAAACGCGUGCCGUCUCAAUUAAAGUCCAAGGCAGGCGCGUCUUGGAGCAACCGACAAAAGUGGGACCAGACGCCAGGUCAGCUGGGCGGCUGCUGCCUGAGUCCCAGCAAGCGCCUGACACCUCCCCCCCCUCACCCAAACCACUGUGUUCAGGGUUACGAAGGGUUAUCAACG